AGCCUGCAGCCAGGGCAAGGAUAUUCGACUAGAUCGCGAUUGCAUUGAGUUCUUCGCCCGAGGAUCCCGAGGUCGGCGAGGUUCCAUGGAACCGAUGGAUUGGUAUCGGUAUCCCAGUUGGAACAUUUGGAACCGACCCCACAACCCCACACUUUCAGACACCGAAUCCAGUCAUAUUUGUCAGCUCAUACUACGUAAACGACUUUUCAUUUCCAAGCGAUCGGUAUCCCAGAUUUCUGGGAUUUAUACCCUGGAUCUGCCAAAGGACGUCGAUUGUCCCUCCGUCAUCUCAGAAUAAAUAUUCUCAAGAAACGCCCUAGACAAAUCGAUCGCUAUGCCUGCCGAAACAAACAAGCAAUGGGUCAUCCGCAGCUUCGACAACACGUUCGACUGCCUGGAGACGCACGAGGCUCCGUUACCACCAGUGGGAGAGAACGAGGUCUUAGUCAAGAUCCAGGCCGUUUCACUUAACUUCCGAGAUGCGAGCAUUCCUAUGAACAUGUACCCAUUCCCCUCGAAGAGCGACCUCAUCCCCUGCUCCGACGGCGCCGGAGUCGUCGUGCAAACGGGACCAAAGGUCAAACACUUCCGCUCCGGCGACCAAGUCGCCUCCUUGUUCUUGGCGGACCACCUCUUCGGUGACCUGAACGCGGAUGCCCAGAAGACGGGGCUGGGCGGGUUCCUGGACGGCUGCCUGCAGCAGUACCGCGUCUUCAAUGAGCUGAGCCUGGUGCACGCACCCCGCAAUCUGACCCCCAUCGAGGCCAGCACCCUGCCCUGCGCGGCACUGACGGCCUGGAACGGGCUGUACGGGCUGAAGCCGCUCCGACCGGGCCAGACGGUCCUGGUCCAGGGGACGGGGGGCGUAUCGAUCUUUGCGCUUCAGUUCGCAAAAGCAGCCGGCGCCACUGUCAUUGCCACCACCUCCUCGCCCGCCAAGGCGCAACGCCUUAAGGAAUUGGGAGCAGACCACGUCAUCAACUACCGCGAGGAUCCCAACUGGGGCGAGACGGCCCGGAAACUCACACGCCACGGAGUAGACCAUGUCAUUGAGGUGGGAGGCCCUAACACCGUGCAGCAGAGCCUCAAGUGCGUUAAGAUGGAGGGAGUCAUCAGUGUGAUCGGCUACGUGGGCGGUAUCACCAACGGGGACGAGCGGCCUCCGCAGAUCUUGGAUACCUUGACAGCUGCUGCGAUCGUGCGCGGAAUCCAGAUCGGAAGCAAAGAGCAGAUGCUAGAGAUGGUGCAAGCGAUUGAGGCGAGCGAUAUCAAGCCUGUGGUGGAUCAGCGAGUGUUUGAGUUCGACCAGGCGCGUGAGGCGUAUCAAUACCUGUGGGAUCAGAAGCAUUUUGGGAAGGUGGUGAUCAAGGUUGAGUAGCGAGGGGGGGGUCAAGCUUUGAAUUCUGACUGUCACUUUCUGUGUGGGAUGGGCAUAUUUAUGCACGCAUCUGAAUGCUCAGUUGGAACGGGCCCGAGGUCCCGAUCUAUGUUAGG